UGGAUAGGUGUUUAAAAUCAUAUUAAUGAGCGGGCGAUGCGGCUCGAGUAGCGCGGUGGGGCCCAGCCCGCCGCCCGUCCGGCCAAUUGGGGCCCGCCUCGCCUAUGAUGUCAUCGGAGGAGGAGGCCGACUCACACGCGCCCUACUCGGAUAAACUACUGAAGAAACAGAAACGCGUCAGACAGCGCGUGGACGCCGGUGAGCCGCGCAAUUCUUAUUCAACUCUCGCGACGAACGGACUCGCGCCCGCGCGCGCCGCACACAUGAGUGGCGGACUUUACGGCGCCAUCUUUGAGGGUCGCCAGCACUUCGGCCUUUUCGGUCCUUGCUACGCGCCGGCCGAAAUGUUAAAUGAAUUAUUAGGCCGUGCGCCUAGGCAAGAGGAUGCCGGCGAUGAAGCUACGAGUGGAGAUAUGCUUCGUGACCGUGUUCUUCGCGACAUCCUCCAAAGCCGAAAAAAAGAGCUGAUGCGACUCUCCCCGGACAAUAACAACGUACUUGCAAAUAAUAAUAAUGACGAACCAAAACAAGAGAAACGGUCUCCAGAACGGCCCAUUUCGAGGGAUUCUCGACCGGACCUUGACGAUGCCUUGUUGACGUUAGACAGUGCCGGUGACUCAAGAACUUCACCACCACCGACUCAACAAUCAUCAGAACCACUACUCGCACCCAAAUCAGAACCCGAGGAUCGUGACAGUGAUGCUCAACGCUCUUCACCACGACCCCUUGAUGUGAAACGUGCUCGUGUAGAAAAUAUUGUGUCGACAAUGCGUGCUAGCCCUGCGCCACAACAACCACAAGUGAAUGGCUGUAAAAAAAGAAAAUUAUAUCAUCCGCAGCAACACGAUGGUGCAGCAGAGCGCUAUGGUACCAGCCAUGGCAGUAGUGCUCAAACAGUGUCGGAUGAUUCAGAGGACGAUGGUGAGCGACCACCUAUUCAUCAAAAGAUUGUAGAAAAGAAUGCGUUAAAAACUCAGUUAAGAACAAUGCAAGAGCAGUUAGCAGAAAUGCAAGAAAAAUAUUUGCAGUUGUGCAAUAGAAUGGGCCAAGAGUCUGAGACGAUUGACAACGAUGGUGCUUCUAGUGAUGUAGAACAAAACGAUGAUCCUAUGCCUAAAUCGGAACCUCCUUCACCUGUCAAAGAAGUGCCCCCACCGAUACCCAAUAGUGCUGCGCCGAAUAUGCUCUCACAAGUUAUGACUAAAAUGAUGACUGCAAAGAUUCAAGCUCACUCCGUAGCUCAUGGUCACCUUCCACCUGGAUUCAAUGGGACCUUACCUCUAAUGCCACAUCUGCCUCCCGGAGACCAUAUGCAUCCACCGCAUACUCAUCAACAUCUUAACAACGCAGCUGCUAUGUAUCUUAACGUUAGUCAAAAAUUGUUUUUAGAACAAGAAGCGCGAAUGAAAGAGGCUAGUGAACAGCAACAAAAUAAUCAACAACAAAGACCACAGUCAAAUCAACACUCACCUCAGCAUAGACAAAUGGGUCAGACUCCUAAGCCUCCUUUAUCAUCCGAAUUAGCAGAACGUCUGGAUGCAUUACGUAGCAACUCAGGUUCCGUUGGACCAGUAUCUGGUGCAGAUCUAGAGGGCUUGGCAGAAGUUCUUAAAAGUGAAAUCACAGCUUCGUUAACAAGCCUCAUAGAUUCGAUAGUGACACGUUUUGUACAUCAACGGCGAAUAAUGGGUAAGCAGUCCGAAGCAGCAGCGGCCGCAGCCGAACAACUGAACAAGGACUUAAUAAGAGCUACUCGAUUGAUUGACAAGUCACCCACACCGAAGAUGCCUGAGAGACCGUCUGGACAAAUGUCAGGUAACCCACCCGUCCAUCACCCUGGCGCGCCAAACGGCGUUCCUUUUAUAACAAAUAACCCGAUGUUUAUGAACCAUAUGAAUGGCCCCCGUGCUCCAGGCGGUGUAGCGUUUCCGCUGCACGCUGAGGCGGGUGGACCUGGUCACGGUGCUCACAUGCGGAUUCCUACAGGCAUUUUCCAGGCACCGCAGAAACCUCUCCAGCCUCACUUCGUCCCGAUGAAUGGACAAUUCGAUCGGGAGCAGAACCCUGACCCAUCAGAGCCUUUGAGCCUUGUGGUCACUCCAAAGAAAAAGAGACAUAAGGUGACUGACACGCGCAUCACUCCACGAACUGUAAGCAGGAUCCUGGGUGAAGGAGUUGGACAGUCGCCGGAGAGCAAGUUUCCGGAAUCACCGUCACCGCGACCAUUCCUAACGGGAAAUUUGCCAACAUCAGUUGCGAUACCGAAUCCAUCGCUACAUGAAAGUCAAGUAUUUUCGCCGUAUUCACCGUUUUUCGGGGCGGGCGGUGGCUUGGCACGAUCACCUCCAGCGCCAGAGAGGGAUUCGCCACCACUGCCAAACUCGAUGGUCCACUCUGUACACCAUCGCGUCCUGGCAACGCUGUCCCCGGACUACCUGCGCCCUCACCACCCGCACGUACCGCAUCAUGCUGCCGCGCCGCACCAUCCGCAUCACAUGGAUGCGCAGGACCCGCACUCAGACUGCAACUCGACCGACUUGCCUUACGACGGAGUUCAGCCUACUUCUUCAACUUUGACGCCGAUGCAUCUCCGCAAAGCCAAGCUGAUGUUCUUCUGGGUGCGCUACCCGAGCUCCGCAGUCCUCAAGAUGUACUUCCCAGAUAUCAAGUUUAACAAGAAUAACACGGCUCAGCUCGUGAAAUGGUUCUCAAACUUCAGGGAGUUCUAUUAUAUUCAAAUGGAGAAAUACGCGCGGCAAGCCAUCAGCGAAGGAUUAAAGACAGCGGAUGACCUGCACGUAGCCGGUGACUCCGAACUAUACAGAGUGCUCAACCUGCAUUACAACAGAAAUAAUCAUAUCGAAGUUCCUCCAAACUUCCGAUACGUGGUUGAGCAGACGCUCCGAGAGUUCUUCCGCGCCAUUCAAGGCGGGAAGGACGCCGAGCAGAGCUGGAAGAAGUCCAUCUACAAGGUGAUCUCGCGGCUGGACGAUCCAGUGCCCGAGUACUUCAAGUCGCCGAACUUCCUCGAACAGCUUGAGUGAACGCCACAUCGACUCGACGCACACGAAAACUUUCGGCUAACUAAAUUUUAAAAGUUGAAAAAAAAAAAUCCAUUGGACGAUCGUUUCGCACACCAAAAUUUUA